UUUGUAAAUCCCCAUGAUUAUAAGUAUAUUUUAAAUGAGCCAGAAGCAUGCACAGAAUCGACCCAUCUUAUCAUUAUGGUCUGUACCAGCAUCAAAAAUUUUGCCGAGCGUCAAACUAUAAGAGAAACAUGGGGCUCGGUUGGAAAAGAGCCUAAAACCAAUAUAACUGUUUUGUAUUUAGUGGGAAGUGGGGUUCCUAAAUACAUGCAAUUACAAUUAGAAAAUGAAAGUAGAACAUAUCAUGAUGUUAUUCAAGAGGAUUUUAAAGACAGUUAUCGUAAUUUGAGUAUUAAAUCUCAAGCUAUGUUAAAAUGGGUGAGUACGUAUUGUAUGACAGCAAAAUACCUUCUCAAAGCAGAUGAUGAUAUGUAUGUGAACAUACCAAAUUUAUUAACUGCACUACAUAAACAAAAGCACGCAAAAUUUAUCUUAGGAGUAACUUUUGUUGGUGCUCAACCUGUGCAAAGUCAAUCGUCAAAAUGGUAUACGCCUGUAAAAGACUUCAAUGAAAAAUUUUAUCCAAAAUAUACGUCCGGGACUUCUUAUUCGAUGUCCACUGCUGCAGUGCCUGAUUUAUUUAAAGCAUCUCUACAAAUCAAAAUGUUUUGGUUGGAAGAUAUCUAUAUUACAGGAAUAUGUGCAAGAAAAGCUGGAAUCACAAGAAUAAAUGACUAUGGAUUUCAUUAUGUAAAAAUGCCUGCGAAAGGAUGUGUCCAUUCCAAAUCUGUGACAGGACAUCGGAAUAACAUAACAGAAAUUCGAAAAAUUCACAAGGAGCUCAUGGAUCCCAAAUUAAAUUGCUCCAAGCCUUAA